AUGCUUGGAGCGCAUGUUCGGUGUCGUGCAUUAAGGUCCCCUUUUCAGAACAGGUGUAGCAGCACGUUGACCGCAACCAUGUCGGUACCACCUUUAGUGGUACUUGAUUUAAACGGCACUCUUCUUUACCGCAAGAAAAACAAUCAAGGCCGGACUAUCCCAAAUGGCAAGAUUACGACGCGACCGUACUUGCAAUGUUUUCUAGAGUAUUGUUUGGGCCCAUACUAUCAAGAAAAGCAUAAGAAACUGAGUAAAAUUUGGCCGGUAAAGAAUCGCACUUCCGUGGACAAAAACGCUGCACCACAUGGAUCGCAAUUUUGGUUGGAUGCCCCUGGGGACGCGGUGUGGUGCCCACCACGCACAAGAGUGUGCCUCAUGAUAUGGUCGAGUGCCUCAGAGGAAAAUGUGAAUAAGAUGACGGGGCUGGUGGCUCCGUUUCAAAUUGGGCGUGCAUUGUUCCAACGGGUUUGGGCUCGUCCCACCCUUGUCACGAGCAGCCAGCUGGCCACCAAAGUAUCCACUGUAAAAGAUUUGUCGAUCGUCUGGGAUGAGCUGAAUCGCUGGGAUUCAUAUAUGCAAGACUCUGAGGCACGGAGCCGUCGUCCUACAUUCAGGUCCCGUGCAUUAGCAGGGACUCGAUUGUUCUAUUAUGAGAAGAAGCAAGAAAAGUCAAAAGCUUGGAAACAUGUACAUACGAACCACAAUGACAUGCCACAUAAUAUGCUUUACAAGGAAGCUAUGCAGCGAAAUUUGAGUGGUAUGUUGGACUCAUAUUAUGGACCUUUGUCGCAUGAGCCGUUUGGACCCAAAAACACGAUUCUGCUGGAUGACAGUGUUGGCAAAGCUCGAUGUCAGCCAAACAACCACAUAUGCAUUCCAGAGUUCGAUGCUCAAAGUGCGUCGACAUAUACCAGUUAUCUUGAACACGGCUCACCUCCUGAGAUGGUAGACGGGCUGGACGAUUUCCUUUUGCAAUUCAUUGGUGUUCUAGACGUGCUUUCUGACGUCGAGAACGUAGAGCAAUGGAUUCUCGACGGGAAUGCCGCUACGUUUUCAAGAUACCAAACGCCAGAGGAGCGCUCAGAAUGGGUUGAGCGUGGGAUUCAGGCACUCGCGGCUCGUAGUAUAUGCGUAGAACCAUGA